UGGCCGCACUCGCAGCUUUUCCUCUCCAGUCCGUGGGCAUUGUUGUAAAAACAGAAGGACAAUACAAGAAUAGAGUGGCGGAUAGUAGAACCUCAAAAGAGGCAUCAGGGAAUCUGUCCUCUAUUGGACCUGAGUGCAUGAGGCACUAUAUGAGUUUAUUUUCACAGGCAGCGAGCAGACAGACAGAGGAGGCAUGACUCUGAGACGGAGUCCAAGUUUUGCGGUGCUGUGCGUUCAUGUGCUUUUGCGGUGCCUGUGGAUGAGGGUUUGUGAGGCGUCGGGGCACUUUGAGAUGCAGGUUUUGUCCAUGCAGAACUUGAACGGGGAGCUGCAGAGCGGCGUGUGCUGUGACGGCGCGCGCGUCGCGGCGGACCGCUCAUGUGCGGCGGAUGAGUGCGAUACGUUUUUCCGCGUCUGUUUGAAGGAGUAUCAGUCGCGGGUGUCUUCGGGAGGCCCGUGCAGCUACGGAAGCGGAUCUACUCCCGUUAUCGGUGGGAAUACUUUUUCUGUCAAGCCCCUCGACGGCGCGAGCGAUAAAUCCAGGAUCGUGCUGCCCUUCAGCUUCGCCUGGCCGAGGUCAUAUACGUUGAUUGUGGAGGCUUUGGACUUCAAUAAUGACUCAAGCACUGGCAGCAUUAAUGGUCAGGUCAUAGAGAAAGCGGUCCAGUCAGGCAUGAUCAACCCAAACCGUCAGUGGCAGGUCUUGAAACACAACGGCCCCGUGGCUCAGUUCCAGUACCAGAUUCGGGUGACCUGCGACGAGCACUACUUCGGCUUCGGCUGCAAUAAGUUUUGUCGGCCUAGAGAUGACUUCUUCGGCCACUAUACCUGCGAUCACAAUGGCAACAAGACCUGCUUGGAGGGAUGGGCUGGCCCAGAAUGCAACACUGCCAUCUGUAAGCAGGGCUGCAGCACUGAGCAUGGCUCCUGUAAAGUGCCAGGAGACUGCAGGUGUCUGUACGGCUGGCAGGGCGAGUACUGUGACCAGUGUAUCCCCCAUCCCGGUUGUGUGCACGGCACAUGCGUCGAACCCUGGCAGUGCCUGUGUGACACCAACUGGGGAGGGCAGCUCUGUGACAAAGACUUGAACACCUGUGGCACGCGACAGCCCUGUCUGAAUGGCGGCACCUGCAGUAACACAGGGCCAGACAAAUACCACUGCGCCUGUCCUGAUGGCUACUCGGGACAGAACUGUGAGAGAGCGGAUAACGCCUGUCUGUCUGAGCCGUGUCUGAACGGAGGCAGUUGUGUGGAGUCCAGUCAGGGCUUUGAGUGUCAGUGUGCGCCGGGCUGGACCGGACCGUCCUGCAACAUCAAUGAAGAUGACUGCAGUCCAAACCCGUGCAAUCACAGCGGCGUGUGUGUGGACCUGGUGGACGGUUUUAAAUGCAUCUGCCCCACGCAGUGGACUGGAAAGACCUGUCUCAUUGAUGCUAAUGAGUGCGAGGAAAACCCGUGCGUCAAUGCCCACUCCUGCCGGAAUCUGAUUGGCGGAUACUUUUGCGAGUGCCUCCCUGGUUGGAUGGGCCAGAAUUGCGACAUCAAUGUCAACGACUGCCACGGACAGUGUCUUAACAGAGGACUGUGUAAGGAUCUUGUGAAUGGAUAUCGAUGUGUGUGCGCAGCAGGCUUUGCAGGUGAACACUGUGAGCGAGACGUGAACGAGUGCGUUAGUCGCCCCUGUCUCAACGGCGGACGCUGCCAGGACGCUGUCAACGGAUUCCAGUGUCUGUGUCCACCUGGUUUCUCAGGUGCCACGUGUCAGCUGGACAUAGACUACUGUGAGAGCGGCCCAUGUCAGAACGGAGCUCAGUGUUUUAGCCUGGCCUCAGAUUACUACUGUAAAUGUCCCGAAGAUUACGAAGGCAAAAACUGCUCCCAACUUAAAGACCACUGCCUCAUCACACCAUGCCAAGUGAUUGACAGCUGCACGGUUGCCGUGGCGUCUAACAGCACUCCGGGCGGCAUGCGGCUCAUCUCCUCUAACGUUUGUGGUCCUCACGGCCGCUGUCGAAGUCAUGCCGGAGGGCACUUCAGCUGCGAGUGUCAGGAGGGAUUCACCGGCACGUACUGCCAUGAGAACAUCAACGACUGUGAAAGUAGUCCCUGCCGUAACGGCGGUACUUGCAUUGAUAAAAUCAACGCAUACCAGUGUAUCUGUGCUGAUGGCUGGGAGGGACACAACUGUGAGAGCGACAUUGACGACUGCAGCAUGAACCCCUGUCGGGAUCGAGGAGUGUGCCGUGAUCUGGUCAAUGACUUUUACUGCGAGUGUGAAAACGGCUGGAAGGGAAAGACCUGUCACUCACGCGAGAGCCAAUGUGACGAGGCCACUUGUAACAACGGGGGCACGUGCUCUGACGAAGGCGACUCAUUUAAGUGCAUGUGUGCUCCUGGAUGGGAAGGAGCUACCUGUAACAUAGCAAAGAACAGCAGCUGCCUGCCGAACCCCUGCGAGAACGGAGCCACGUGUGUCGUGACAGGUGACAGCUUCACCUGUGUCUGCAAAGAAGGCUGGGAGGGCCUCACCUGCAGCCAGAAUUCCAAUGAUUGCAACCCACAACCAUGCUAUAACAGCGGGACGUGUGUGGACGGUGAUAACUGGUACCGCUGUGAGUGUGCCAGUGGAUUCGCAGGGCCGGACUGUCGCAUCAACAUCAAUGAGUGCCAGUCGUCUCCCUGUGCGUUCGGCUCCACGUGUGUCGAUGAAAUUAACGGCUACCGCUGCCUGUGUCCACCCGGCAGAACCGGGCCCAGGUGUCAGGAAGUCACCGGACGUCCGUGUGUGGUCGGAGGACGGAUUGCUGUAGAUGGAGCAAAGUGGGCUGAAGACUGUAACACCUGUUACUGUCACAGGGGGAUUGUCAGCUGUACAAAGCUGUGGUGUGGCCCUAAACCUUGCCGGAUGCUUGGCUCGGGACGAGGCGACUGUCCUCUGGGUCAGCUGUGUGUGCCGGUGCGAGACGAGCAGUGUUUCGUGAAACCCUGCUCCUCACAGGGCGAGUGCUGGUCUGCUCACCGGCCGGUCGUGAGGGCCCGCUGUGACCCCGAGAGCGACUGCGCCAACGUCACCUUCACCUUCCACAAGGACACCAUGCCACAGGGAGUGACGGUGGAGCAGGUGUGUCGUGAGCUGAGGCAUCUGUAUGUGGCUAAAAACGUUUCAGCUGAGUUUUCCAUCUCUCUGAGCUGUGAACUCUCUUCUGCCGCCAGUAAUGAGAUCCAUGUGGCCAUCCAUGUGACUGAGGAUGGCAUUCACGGCCGAGUUCCUGUUAAAGAAAUCACGGACAGCAUCAUCAAUCUGGUGAGCAAACACAGCGCGAACAGCUCCAUCAUCGGCUCCAUCGCUGAGGUCCGUGUUCAGCGCAGACAGCCGCAGAACCCCAAUGUAGACUACUUGGUGCCACUGUUGGUGUCCAUAGUGACGGCGAUCUGGGUUUUGGCGCUGGCGUCGGUGUUCCUGUGGUGCGUGCGGCAUCGACGCAAACAAAGCUCCAGCCCCACCGCCAUCAGCCCCGCCGCCCCCUACUCCACGGGAAGCAUAGAAGACAACACGGUGAACAACGCCCGCGAGCAGCUCAACCAGAUCAAGAACCACAUCGAGAAGAACGCGUCCAACGGCAGCCUGCCGGGAAAAGAGCUGCACUGCGACGACAAGAACAGCGUCAACGCCAAAAUCAGGACGCAUUUCUCCGAACCCGCCAGACUAGCGCAAGAAGACUCCAGCAAGCAUCUGCAGAAGGCACGCUUUCCACGUCAGCCGGCCUACAUGCUGGUGGACAGGGAUGACAGGCUGAGCUCCAACGGCACGGAUGUCAAAAAUCCUCACUGGACUAAUAAACGAGACAACAGAGACCUGGAGUCGCAGCACAGAGCUCCGGAUGCACAGCCAAGAGAUCUGGAUGCACAACACAGCUUGCACAAUAUGGAGUAUAUUGUAUAGUGGCCGAUGCUCGGCGUGGUAACAAUCAUUGCUGCGCGAUGUCACGAAAGGUCAAGCGAAUGAAGACAUCUUUCGGAAUCAGAGUGCUGACUGUCGACUGUCACGACAAGGCCGGACAGUGUUUGUUCAGAUGUUGCGGAUGGACCACGGGCUGGUCCGUUUUAUGGCGUCUGAAGGGCCUGAAGAUGUUAACCUGUACUGAACUUCUAGCCUAAAUCAGAAUGUACAGUAAUUGGCCAAAAUCUGCUAAUUGUGUGAAUCUCACCAAAACAUGUCCAGGUCAAAUUUCACCCUGAAUUCAUAGACAUUGUUGACAUUUGAAUGACAAUUACAGGCAUAGUUCACCCAAAAAUGAAAUUUCUGUCAUCGUUUACUCAGCCUCAAGUUGUUCCA